CUCACCAACACCAAAAGGCACAAGCCUCGCCCCUCCCUCCCUCCCUUUCCAAUCCUCAGAACCAAUAAACCGUAGACGAGAGAAGUUACGAGCUUCUCCUUGUCCCGUGUCUUUUCAAGGAUAGCCCGGGCGCAGCCGCAGCAUUUCUUGGCGUCGGUGUCCGCGGGUUGGCGACUAAGCAAUGGCGACGAGGAACCACCGCGCCGCUGCCGCUCCGCAGCCGGCGAACAGAGGUGCCGCGAGGGUCGCCGGGAAACAGAAUGCCGCCGCCGCCGCCGCCGGGACACGCCGAGCCCUCGGUGACAUUGGCAACGUCGUCUCCGAUGCCCUCGACAGGGCGAUCAAGCUGCCGGAGGGGAUCCAUCGCCCCAUCACCAGGAGCUUCGGCGCCCAGCUCAUGAAGGCCGCUUUGGCGAACAAGAACGCCGACGCCGCCGUAGCUCCUGCUCAGCCUGUAGCGGCGCGCGCCGUUACGAAACCAGCUAGGAAAGUGACUACGAAGAACGUCCCUCGUCCUGGCGCUGGGCAGGCUCCCAAGGAGAACAAGAAGCCAUCAGCAGAGGGUGCCGCCGCCGGCAGCGGCCGCUCUGUGCAGAAGAACAGGAGGAAGAAGCCCGCGUGCACGCUUUCGACCGUCCUUUCUGCGCGUUCUAAGGCUGCCUGUGGCCUUACCGAGAAGCCAAAGGAGCCCAUCGAGGACAUUGACAAGUUCGACGGCGACAACCAGCUUGCUUUGGUGGACUACGUUGAGGACAUCUACACAUUCUACAAGACCGCCCAGCAUGAGAGCCGCCCCAUUGACUACAUGGGCAACCAGCCCGAGCUCAGCCCCAGAAUGCGCUCCAUCCUCGCGGACUGGCUCAUCGAGUCUCACCGAAGAUUCCAGCUCAUGCCGGAAACGCUCUACCUCACAAUAUACAUCGUGGACCGGUACCUGUCGCUGCAGCCCACGCCGAGGAGGGAGCUCCAGCUCGUCGGCGUGGCAGCGUUGCUGAUCGCCUGCAAAUACGAGGAGAUCUGGGCACCGGAGGUAAAUGACUUAAUCCAUAUAGCCGAUGGCGCGUUUAACCGGAGCCAGAUUCUUGCCGCCGAGAAGGCUAUUCUGAACAGCAUGGAGUGGAACCUUACGGUCCCCACCCCGUACCACUUCCUGCUGCGGUUCGCGAAGGCUGCCGGUAGUGCCGAUGAACAGCUUCAGCAUACGAUAAACUUCUUUGGAGAGCUCGCGCUGAUGGACUACGGUAUGGUGAUGACCAAUCCUUCGACGGCGGCUGCUUGCGCUGUGUACGCUGCUCGCCUCACGUUGGGGAGGAGUCCUCUCUGGACAGAGACCUUGAAGCACCACACUGGCCUCAACGAGCAGCAGAUCAUGGAAGGCGCCAAGACACUGGUCGGAUCUCAUGCUGCUAGUGCUAGCCCUGAUGCGAGGCUGAAGGCCGUCUACCAGAAGUACGCGACGGAGCAGUUUGGGCGUGUGGCUCUGCACCCACCGGCACCGGCUGCUCUUCCCGACCUUGUCUAGAGUUUUUACUUGACAAGCUGAGGGAUUUGGUUGAGUUCGCUUUGAUUGACAAGUUCGAGAGUUGUUUUCGUAUACUCUAUUCUCGCGAGUGUAUUAGACACUAGUAGUAACAACUAUUCAUAACUAUAUGAAUAACCACAAUGAAAAUUUAUGAUUGGCUGAACUUCUUUCGAAAGACUGUGAGGUUUAUCCACAGUUUUUGUAAGACUGUCAGAAUGAAACGGUUCUUGAUUAAAAAGAGCUGCUGUCAACUGCAUGAAGAAGCAUGUUUU